UUGCAGCUCGAACCAGCUGAUGAUACCCAGGCAGUGAACGCGGAGCUUGGGAAGAAGUGUCACAUGCAAUUUACGCCGCGUCGUCGGCGUUUUAUUGACCGAGGAUUCGCUCUCACCUCCGUCCAUUGAGUGAGUGAUUUUUCAUCAUGUCACGACGCAUAGGCCUGAUUGGGCUUUUUCUCCCCUCUGUCUCCUCACUCUCUCUCACACACACGGCUCUUCAUUUUCCAAUCUCAUCCUCUCCACUGUUCAUGACGCCUGCUUGAGCAACCUCACCUCACAUCUGUAAGGCACAGCUGAGUGGAACCUUCAAAAAGACUGAGAGAGGAAUAACCUGAAGAAACAUGCACCAGAGCAGUAGCUUGAAGCGGCGGGGGACGUGAAGACAAAGAGGACUUACGAAGAUGGGGUGUGGUCAGAGGUUCACCGCAUUUGUCGUGGACUCUACAAUUGCCUCCAUCUCCAUCUCACGGAAAGAUUGUCACCGCUAAAACGCAAGCGUCACGUUUCACCUGCUGGAGAAGCUCCGCCAAAUGGUGAUGUGAUGAAUAAGUUUGAAGUCCUUGGCAUUGUGGGUGAAGGCGCAUAUGGAGUGGUGCUCAAGUGCAGACAUAAGGAAACCAAUGAGCUGGUGGCUAUCAAGAAGUUCAAAGACAGCGAAGAAAAUGAAGAGGUUAAGGAGACGACCCUUCGAGAGCUAAAGAUGCUUCGCACGCUGAAGCAGGACAACAUCGUUGAGCUGAAGGAAGCCUUUCGCCGCAGGGGGAAGCUCUACCUCGUCUUUGAAUACGUAGAGAGGAACAUGCUGGAGCUGUUGGAGGAACUUCCAAAUGGUGCAGCCCCAGAUAAAGUGCGAAGCUACAUCUACCAACUUAUCAAAGCCAUUAACUGGUGUCACAAGAAUGAGAUUGUGCACAGAGAUAUCAAACCAGAGAACCUGCUGAUCAGCUCUGAGGAUGUCCUCAAGCUCUGUGACUUUGGUUUUGCACGUAAUCUCUCUGAAGGAACCGAUGCCAACUACACUGAGUAUGUGGCCACAAGGUGGUAUCGCUCACCUGAACUGCUGCUUGGGGCUCCUUAUGGCAAAGCGGUGGACAUGUGGUCAGUGGGGUGCAUCCUCGGGGAGCUGAGUGACGGGCAGCCUUUGUUUCCAGGGGAAAGCGAGAUUGAUCAGCUAUUCACUAUUCAGAAGGUCCUUGGGCCACUUCCUGCUGAGCAGAUGAAACUCUUCUACAACAACCCUCGCUUUCACGGAAUCAGGUUUCCCUCAGUUACGCAUCCUCAGACAUUGGAGAGAAGGUACCAAGGCAUUUUAAGCGGUUUGAUGUUGGAUCUCAUGAAGAACCUGCUGCUUCUCAACCCAACCGAACGCUAUCUUACUGAGCAGAGUCUGAAUCAUCCAGCCUUCCAGCCUCUGAGGCAGGUGGAGAGAGAGAGGCCUUCGCCCGCCUCGCCCAACCCUCCACGUUCCUCCAAGAGGAAAACACACCAUCAUGGAGAGAACACAGUCCCAACAAGAAGUCACACCAAGGGCUCAAGCCAGCGCCGCUCCAACAGCAAAGAAUGUUCAAGUCUCCCACGUCAUGGUGACCUCCAUCACCUUGGCAACGAGAAUUUCCUCAAUGGUAACAAACCCCCGUCGAGUUUAAGCCCGACACUUCACCCCAAGAGUCAGUACCUCUCCCAGACCCUCAAUCGCGCUGCCUCGUCCAGUAAAGAUCUGGCUAAUAACAACCUGCCACACCUCCUCAGUCCUAAAGAGGUCAAAAACAAAUCCGAAUUUGAUUUCAAUGUGGGACCCUCACCCAAGUUGCCAGAGCAAGGACAUGGUGCAAAGUAUGGCCUCGGCAAGCCCAGCGGUUCCUCUCGCACUCAGCAGCAGCAACAACAGCAAGGUGGACGCCACACUUUCCUGGAAAGCAAGACCAACACGUUACAGUCAGGAGGAGACAAACAACACGGAAGACACACCCACAGCGUGGCCGACUCAGCCCACGGAUCCAUGUCGUCUUCGUCCAAAAGCUCCGCCUCUUAUCUCAGCCUGUCCAAGAGCCACAGCGCUCUAAGCGAUGCCAAAUCCGUAGGGAACCUCAGCGAUGGUCGACUCCACCCUGACGACCUAAACUCCAACACGACAGCGGCAGUGGGACCCGGUACCCGUUUCUUCCCUGCCAGCUGUCUGGACCUCAAUGCCCCUUCGGGGGCUCCGGUGGCACCUGGCAGCCCCUCAGCACGACACAGUGAUCGCUCAGGGCAUAGCCCCGCAUCCCGUAGCAGCAGCAACGUCCGCAUGGAGAGCAGCACACUCGACUCCUCCUCCAGGCACAAGUCCAGACAGAAAUCUUUGGUUUCCGAGGAGGCCAAGGCUCCAGAGCUCUUAGACCCAGGGGGUGCAGGGAUGCCCUCCACUCACACGCUGCCCUCCCCACACGACUCGUACCAUUAUGGCUUGGGUUACUCGUCCCCCUUCUCCUCUCAGCAACGGCCUCAACGGCACUCCAUGUACGUGAGGAGAGAGCGCCACCGACCUCAUGCUGUAGAAGCCGGGAUGGCAGGCUUGCCCCCGCCGGGCCAGGCGAUUCCAACGCGAGCUUCUAGUCUGCAGCUUCUCUCCCCGCAACUUCAGCACCGGACUGCACUCGCUGGGCAUUCAGUGAGCUCCUCCAGGGAAGACUGCACGGAUGGCAUGAGCAGGAGCGAGCAGUCCCCGAAAGACAUGAGCCACCCUUGCGCACCCAUCAAAGAUUCAACGAGGGACAACACUGCUGCUUUUCAUACCCAGCGACUGCCUAAAAAUGAGGUCGGUAUGUAUCAUGACCCUCAUGGAGAGGAUGGAGUGUCCUCCAAGGAAAACCGGAUGAUUUUCACUGAGUCCAUGCCUCGGAGAGUUGGUAGCUUUUACCGAGUACCGUCGCCCAGACCAGAUAACUCCUCAUCCUUCCAUGAGGGUGUUGGGCAGGGUCGAGGACCGGUCGUACCCGUUGUUCCUGGCAACCCCGUUACCAUGGCUAACCACUCCAAACGCCAGACUGCCUUUGAGUGGAGUGCUGCUGAAGCAAUGGUGAUGAAUCCUCCAGAGCCCACCAAAGAGAAGGAAAAACAAGGCUUCUUCAGAGCCAUCAAAAAGAAAAAGAAGAAGACGCAAAUAACGGACAUGGCGGACGGGAGGAACCCUAGUAUCAGGAAAAGCCUCUUCCCACUCUUCAGCUCCAAGAACAGCCUAAAGCACAACUCAGCUGUCAAAGUCCUUCCUGUGGUGCCCUCGCCGAUGCUACAACAGCAGCCUCCUCCGCCGCCAUAUCCUGCCACAACAGGACCUGGGACUGCACAAGAGCAUAUGUCCCUGCAGAGGGGCGCCAAGUCAUCCUCACACCACGGAAGCCGUCGGAAAAACCGAGAACGUUCCCGAGACAGAGACCGCGAACGAGAGCAGAGCCGAGACCGGGAACGAGAAAGAGGACGAGAGAGAGUGAAUGAAUGGCCGACAGAAAAGGCAAUGGACUCACAUUCUCAGAGCCAACCACUGAAGUCCCUUCGCAGGCUCCUUCACCUCUCCCCUUCUCCAAACCAAGGCCAGCCUCCUCCUCCUCCUCCCGCAGACCUGCGCUUCCAGCCCCCUCUCCCCAACCCUCCUCAGACCUCCUCCAAAGCGGCCUACACCGAAAGCCGGGGGCACGCAGAGAGCCGGGGCCACUCCGGGGCAGGUGGCUCGUCCCAGGCCAAGAGCCGCAAGGCCAGCUACCCACUGCCGGGCCAGCUGGAGUCCGCCUGGCACGUGUCGGCGCUGCAGCGGGCCGAAGGCGCGCAGUUCACGGCCGAACAGCUGGGCAUCAAACCGGGACCGAACGGACCCACCUUUACCCGUGCCUCCCGCACCAGAAUGCCAAACCUCAAUGACCUGAAGGAGACGGCGCUCUAAACGCCCACCUCAAACCGUACCACCUCUGCUACGGCUCAUUGUGGAUGCACCAGCGGAAUCGAAGAGGACGCCGUCUGACUUUAGUUGCAAUUUACGUGAAAGAGUCUUGCACUCAUUUGGCGUGAUGAGCUGGGACAAUGCAACAAACAAGCUCUUGCAAGGGGGCCGGCCAUAUGGAAAGCCCUUUGAGUAUUUAUUCCAAAUUCUUGAUAUCCAGCUUAGGGUCCAGUUCUAGGGCCUAGCUUCGGGUCUAUAUAGUAGUAGUCCUCUCUUUGUCCUCACAAGUAAGAUAAUUCAGCACAUUCGUAGAAGGGUUGUCUUUUUCCACAACUCAUGCCAUGUUUGGCCUACUGGUAUGCAAUGAAAUCAUACUCCUAAAAAAUGCGCUGCUCUCGUAACGCUUCUAACUAGUAGGCCUGUGUCACAUACUAGUAGCCUCCUUGUAGUUUUGCCUUACUAACAACAUGUGGUUGUCUGGUAUGUAGAAAAAACUUACUGUAACUGUAGUAAAACUUUACUAGGAGACAGUCAUUGUACUAAUUCUGGUUCUACUACGGCAGAGGUGUCAAACUCUGGUCCUCGAGGGCCAAUAUCCUGCAUGUUUUAGAUCUUUCCCUCCCACAUACCUGAGUCAAAUGAUCAGCUGAUCAAGGUCUGCAGGAACCUGAUAACAAUCCCGAGCCUUUGAAUCAAGUGUAUUGGGGGAGGUAAACAUCUAAUACGGUACAUUCAGGAGAGAAGCCUUAGAGGACCGGAGUUUGACACCUGUGUCCCAGAGUGCUGAAUUGAAUGAAACCCCAUUUGAGCAUUUACUGUAUUUGGUCAAUAUCCUUGUUAAUCUAGCUUAAGGUCCACAUAUUAGUAUGCUCUUUGUCCUUAUUAGUAAGAUAAUUCAGUUUCGCGCAACUAGGGCGCACUAGUAGAAUGACUGUGUAAUACUAUUACGAGUCAUUGUUUUGGUACGACUGCCUUCCACUAUCGACAUCUAUGCCAUUGGGGUCCAGGAGGCUUCUCGUGUGUGACACAUGCCUCCUAAUUGGAACAAGAUGUGCGACUUAUGAAGCACAGGAGUUUAAUAGAAAGGUUUGAGAUAUAGCAUACUUGCCAAAAGUGGCACUCAUAAUGGAACUAAUUAACUAGUAAGACACAGUCAUUCUGCUAGCACGCUGAAUUGUUUGGUAGUGAGGACAAAAAGUACAUGAACCAUAAACUGGAUAUGAAGACAUUGGACUAAAUGCCGAAAGGAUUUUCUAUUGGUCUCGCCCUUUCAGUAUUAUUCUUCUGUUAGGAGUAGAAACUUCCUCUGCUCCCACCUCCCCAUCACAGAGCUCUACUGCAGCACAUUUGCUCUUCCUUGUGGUCACUAAAGCAAAUGUUUUUUUUUUCCAAAUAUUUGAUAAAAUAGAGAGAAAAAGAUUUAUAUGAACAAAGUUUAUUAUUUGUUUCACAUCCGAAGAUAUAAGCUAUAGUUAUAUCUCUAAUAAGAUAUAUGGGAUUGUUAAAAGGAUAUACAGUGUUAAAUGUGUAAUUAUAAGAGCUUUACUUUGACACAGAGAUGAAGAGAUAUGUAUGUGUUGACAAUACAAUAUGUCACAAAGAUUAUGUAAUGGUGAAUGUCCUUUUUUGUUCAGUUUAAUAUGGUAUAAACAGAUUUUUAUUUUUUUUCACUUUUCCGUUUUUCCUAGAAACGAUGAUUACCCUACAUGGGAGCAAAAAUAUGUCGUAUUAAAGGUGUCGUUCAAGAAUAUACGUGUCCAGCAGUUAAAAGCAUUUUGAGGCUGUUUGUCAACAGCUCUCCUCUUCCUUGCUGCUACCUUUGAUUUUUUUGGGGUAUCAAGAAAUUGUUAUUGUGAAAAGUGAGCAUCUUGGAAUGAAGAUAAAAAAACAUGGAGUCUUAACACGAGUCAUUUGCCACUUUUAAGAUCUUCUAGAAAUAAUCUGAUGAUCGUAUGUGAAAUAAAACUCCUCGGAAACGCUUCAAACAAUAAUUAUUGCAUCCCCAUCUCACUCAAACUUCCAAUGAACAGCUAGUCGUAAAUACUAGCAACUGCAUGUGACAGUUCUGUCUUUAUGAUGUCUGCUGACUACAACGCCGCAGACACAUUCAUUUUUUAAAAAUGAGUGUUUAUUUUCAAUCAAUUGAUAUUUAUUGCUUGUGAAUUGUUUUGAACUGUCAUAAUCAGGGGUAAUUUAUAUGGGAAUAUUUAGAUAGCUGGAUAGAUAGAUAGAUAGAUAGAUAGAUAGAUAGAUAGAUAGAUAGAUAGAUAGAUAGAUAGAUAGAUAGAUAGAUAGAUAGAUAGAUAGAUAGAUAGAUAGAUAGAUAGAUAGAUAGAUAGAUAGAUAGAUAGAUAGAUAGAUAGAUAGAUAGAUAGAUAGAUAGAUAGAUAGAUAAAAAGAAUACACACUACUGUUAAAUGUCAGGUUUUCGUUAUUUACAUUAUAGCCCCCCCCCCAGAUCUUUUAUUGUCGAUUUAGUUGUGUAGGCUAUAGGUCAUUUAAUCGUGGAGAAGAAAAAAAAACUUUUUGAAAUGAUUCAUCUUGGCCUCAUUUUGUAAAUGUUCUAAACACCUGACAUUUGGACAGGGGGGUGUAGGCUUUUUGUCUCCAUGGUAGAUAGACUGAUUUGUCCCCCCCAAAAAAUGGAAACAAAGCAAAAGGCUAAAUAAACUACUAUAUCAAGCUACUUGGCUGAUUGAAAGCAAUAACAUUAAUUGACUGACUGACAGAACUGAUUGAUUGAUGUCGUCACUUGUUAAAUAAGUGUAAUUGGAGCCUAAUAUCAGUCAAGAGGGAGACCGUUUUUUUCGGGCGUGCAUUGAAUAUCUUCGUAAUUUUCCUUGAGCUAUCUCAUCUUGCGGUUAUGGAAAACAAUGAUUGUAUUUGAUUUGUUUACAUCUUCACUAGAAACAGUGUUGACAUAGUUUGCCUUGCCUGUGUCCUGAAGCCUUACAUUCGCUCAUUAUUGACAUGAAAUCAGAGGCUUCAACCCCCAAAAGCACCCCCAAACACAUCACAUACCUUCAUCGAUUCUUUCUGCUCUCGACUAUGAAUGUGUUUCCAAGAGCAGCACUUCAUUGUUUUCUGUACACAGAUGCCCUCUUCUUACAAGGUGUAAAUAGAAGUAAGAGAGCGUAUCUAAUACCGACCAGUCUACACUAAAAUAAUAUCAGAAUAAAAAUCUACAUUUUUUUUAAA